AUGUCGACGAUUGAUUUCACCGACCCUUCGUUGUCCCAUCCCUCUCUUGGCACUUUUAUUGCACAUGAUGCUGAUGGCGCAUAUCAAUUUCUGGGUGUACAAUAUGCUACUCUGGAGCAUAGGCUUGCCGAGUCUCAGUUAAGGACGAGUUAUAAGAGUCCAGUGGAUGCAAGAAAUCAUGGACCCGCGUCCUACUCUCCAACAGACGGGUUCGAAAAUGAAAUGACAUUCAUUCAACAGGCAUUACCAAAACCGAAAAUCAAGCACUCAGACGUUGACUGCCUGAAUCUUAAUAUUACGGUGCCCAAAUUGGCGUCUGGGAUAGGGGGAUUGUCUAAACAGAAGUUGCCGGUGUUCAUUUGGACACAUGGUGGUGGAUUUGUCGUUGGUGCGAACUCAUGGCCGCAGUACGAUCAUGCAAAGUUGGUGAAACUUGCUGCAAAGAAUGGCGUGCCCAUUAUUGGUGUUGGUAUCAACUUUCGUUUGGGACUUUCUGGCCUCCUGACAUCCAAAGAACUGAGAGACCGAGGUUAUAAAUCCAACAACACCCUUCGUGACCAAAGAAAUGCUUUCCGAUGGGUGAAGCGGUAUAUCUCUGGUUUUGGCGGUGAUCCUGACAACAUCACAGUCAUUGGAGAAAGCACUGGAGCUGUCGCAACGACCCUUCACCUCUACUCCCCUGAGAAGCUCUUCAACCGUGCCAUCGCAACAGGUGGCUCAUUCUUGCUCGUGGGGCCAUUUUCUCCUGAAAUUUAUGAGGGUGUGUAUCAGCGUGUGCUUUCGGUGCUCGGUCUGGAUGCACUCGGCCCGGAUAAGAGAGUCAAGCAGUUGCUUUCACUUCCACUGGACGAGAUAAUCGCGAAGCUACCUCCCGAUAUUCCGUUCAUGCCGGUAAUUGAUGGUGACAUUGUACCAAUACGACCUUCAUACGCUGCAAUUGCAAGUCGAGAGGAUCUUACCCUUCCUGGGAAAAAGUGGCUGGAUGGAUUCAUGAUCGGGGAUAGCCAAUUCGAUGCAUCAACACUGGGUGCCAUAAUGGGUCACCUGAAAAAUGAUUCACGGAAGCGGUUCUCAGCGUCAUUGAGGACAUCACUGGGAAGCAUACCAGAAGCUGCUGAGUCCGUUCUUGAAACAUAUGGCUUCACAUCUCCUGCUCUUGGUAGCCAAGCUGAAGACGAUGAAGCUGCUUUCAGAAAUUAUCUGCACUUUGUGAAUGAUGUUGGCUACUAUGCAGCCACUGUAUCAUUUGCUCGCGGUUGGCCGGAGCCCAAGUUGUUUACCUUUGCAUUCAACGAACCAAACCCAUGGGAAGGAUUGUACAUGGGUGAAGCGACACACGUGCUGGACGUGGUUUUCUUGUUCCAGAAUUAUAAUGACAAGCUCCCGUCAGGCCAACAAAAGGCUGCAGAAAGUUUUGGCCUCGACCUUGCCCGAUUUAUUGCUGGACAAGAGCCAUGGAUAGCGUAUUCACAAUCAAGGAGAAAUGCAAAGGUAUUCGGACCUUCGAAAUCAGAAGCCUUCAGUCAGAUGAUCAGCGAUAAUGAGUCAGAGGAGAGUGGACGUAGGGUGAAGAUCUUGGAUAUCGGUAAAGCUGCUGGGUUUGAUGCCCUCGCUGAGGCUAUUGUGCGAUUCCAGCUAGGGUUGUAA